AUGCCCACUACAACUUUACCAAACAUUCUAAUAACGGGCACACCUGGCACCGGUAAAACAACUAUCUCUAAAGAAGUAUCUAGACGUAGUUCACUGAGUUAUAUCAGCAUCAAUGACGUUGCCAAGGAAGGAGAACUGUAUGAUGGAUAUGAUGAAGCUAAUCAGUGUCAUAUCCUGGAUGAAGACAGAAUCGUGGAUGAAUUAGAAGACGCUAUGUCAUCGGGUGGGCAGAUUGUUGACUAUCAUUCCUGUGAAUUCUUUCCUGAACGAUGGUUUGAUGCUGUGUUUGUGUUGAGAACGGACAAUACCGUUCUGUAUCCCCGUCUUACUUCUCGUAAUUACUCCAGAGAAAAGGUAUCAGACCUUAUUCAUUGUGAAAUUGUCCAGGUUGUUCUGGACGAGGCUCGGGAAUCGUAUAAUACAGACAUAGUACAUGAACUAAUUAAUAAUACCCCUGAAGAUUUAGAAAAAAAUAUUUCUCAAAUCUGUGAAUGGAUCAAGCAGUGGCACGCUGAAUCGUCCUAA